UUUAUCUGUUUGUCUGUAGGUAGGUAUGUCCGGAGUAAACUCAAAAAGUACUGCACGGAUUUACUUCAAAUUUUGCAUGAAUAUUACUUAUAGGUCGGGUCAGGAUAUGGUCUACAUAUUAUUACGCUAUCAUCUACAGGGGCUGAGCAAUGAACCAAUAUUUCUGUUAAUUGUUCUGUUGAAGCGUGAGAUAUUACAAUGCAUAUUUGAAAGUUGGCCAACAUUUAGUUGAGUUGACAUCAAUGUUUGCAUUGAAAAAUUGCGCUUUACCUUUAAGAUACUUGAAUAGAAAAAUAAAAUUUUAAGAAAACUAGGUUCAGUCAAGGUUAAAGUGGCGCCAUCUAUUGCAAAUAGAAAAAAACGGACAAAGAUAAUGAAUAUUAUUUAGAAGAAGAAGGGCAGGGCAAACCUUUAUAUAUUUUAAUCAUGCUUACAUCAAUAGGGGAUAGGAAAUAAAGCUUAACGUUUGAUCGUUUUCUAAAAUCACGUUAUAUCUCCAAGCAACAAGUGCAGGCAGAAUAAAUUUGUAAAAAAAAUGUGAUGGGUUAUCACAUUUUUUUUGUGUUGUCGCAUGUUUUCACAUGUUUAAAGUUGCUCUAAAAAAACCGUACAAUCGGAGUAUUAUCAACGUUAUUGCAUUACUUACCGAUAUUAAUUUUAGUAAGAACAGUCUAUACAAAAUAUUUGACUGUUAAUACUUUCAUUCGGUAAUUAUCGCUACAAAAUGUUGAUUUGUUUGAAUGUUUGAACACAAGUUUUUUUUUUCAUAUAUUUUGACAUAUUACAAUUCUAUACUGGCCACGCAGACGAAGUCGCGGGCAACAGCUAGUAGUUAAUAGAAGUUUUUAUAUUUGUCGUUUUAGAAGCAACGGCUCCGCGUUUGAGCUGUUCGUCGUGGACGAGUGCAACAGCACGCGGCUGCGCGCCUGCGCCCUCGACUAUGGAACCACGUUCUCGCCCAAGGCCAUUAGCAGAACCGACCUCUAUCACAAGUUGAACGCCACCACAAACAACACUGAAUCGUUUUUCUUUUUAGAUUUUGACAUUUGGGAGGGAGAAGAGGCAGUGAGUGCGUUAAACGUACCUUGUCGGGAACAGGAAGUUGAUAUUCGCAUCGGUGAUGUAGCCAUGUUACAGACAUACGCGCCGCAGUUUUUUCGAUUUAUUUACAAUUUUAAACCUUCCGCAACAUCUUUGAGGCAAAUUCUUGAACGUGAAGCAAACGGCGAUAAUAUUGAUGAAGCGGCAUGCACUUGGGUGAUUGAAAACGAAACAUAUAAGAUUAACUCAAGUACCCUGAUGGAUUAUGAUGCGUCUGGAUACGUAGUCGUCAUAUUUGUAUGUAAUGACGAUUCCUUCAAAGAUCGUUACAAAUAUGAAUUGUUUCCAUUCUUGGGUAAACAUAUCACAAAUGAGAUGAAACAAGUGACGUCUUAUGUAACUUUCAGAAGAUAUACAAUUAAUUGUACUAGUGAAGACGAUAUGAGUGCACAUUUUGAAAUGCUGACGACGACUGUGGAACUAUACCGACUACUAGGGGUGUUGUCGAUGUCGGUGGAGGGCGCGCAGAAGGCGUCGGCCCUGGCGGCGCCGCGCCACGUGCCGCUCAUGCUGGCGGACGUGGCGCCGGAGUUCGGCGGCAACACCACGUGGCGCGUGGCCGCCCGCGUGUUGCACGUGGCGAGCGCGCUGACGCACUUUGUGCGCAGCUCGGGCUGGGCGCGCCUCGCCGUGUUGACGCAGCCCACCAAACUGGCUGCGGACUACUGCGACGCGCUCCGACACAACACCACCAUCACCUUCGGCCACUUCCAGUUACCGCUCCGCGUCACGAAGCAUAAGGCGAAGGAAACCAUAGACAGUCUGCGAGCAGCGAACGCGCGUAUCGUGUUUAUUAAUGCAGAUUCUAAAUCUGCCGCAGUGAUCCUUGCUGUAGCCGAGGAGAAUGGUAUGACCUACCACGACGGUUUCGUGUGGAUUGUGCGCGAUUGGCGUCCGACGACCGACACGAAUACAUCAUGUCGUGAAGCCCGCCGGACAUCUCACUUUGUGCUGUCUCUUUGGAUCCGAGACUCGCGGGACAUCCCAUCUCGUGAAGGAAAUGUUGCACUUCAAGAACACCUGAGUGCGAAAUUUAAGGACAGGCCCUGGCCACCUCACGCUGUAUCCAUUGCAAACGCAUUUCUAACUCUAACGAUUGGUUUUAAAAAUGUUUUCAAACUAAACCCGAGCACGCGAUAUGACCUGCAUAACAAACAAGUAACCAGGUUACUCCAUAACAAAAUCGUAGAAAACCCAGCGCUCGGUGUCAAUCAGCACCUCCACUUCAAGAAUCGAUCCAUCGAGGAGACGGCCGUGUUCGCAGACCAGUGGUGCGGAGCGCAGUUCCAGCAGCGGCUGGGCAGAUGGCGCGUGAACGCGAGCAGCGGCGCAGUGCGCGGCUACUACACGCCGCCCGGCGACCUGCCGCGGCACGACGGUGCGUCGCGCUGCAUGGUGAGCAGCGGCGACGCCUUCGACCCGGCCUGCUACGACGCCGCGUGCGCCAGUGUGCUGCUGCUCUCGCUGCUGGCGUGCGGCGCGCUGCUGCUAACGCGCCGCGUGCUGCUGCGCCGCCUGGAGCGCGAGCGCCACGAGCAGCAGAUCCAAGCCGUCGCACGCCGUCAGCACGUGGCCGCGGUGUUGGCCGCUUACCUGGUGGAGCGCGACGCGCUGGAACUGCGCGAGGAGCUGGGUGCCGGCCGCUUCGGCAGCGUGCGGCUGGCUCGACUGCGCACGUCCACGCACGGCACGCGCUAUAUCGCUGCCAAGGCUCUGCGCGCUAAUGCCGCGCCGGCCGAAGAGAGCGAGUUUCUCCGCGAAGCGUGCACCAUCGCCUCGCUCGACCACGCGCACAUCGUGCGGCUGGUGGGCGUGUGCAUCGCGGAUGGGCCACCGCUGGUGCUCAUGGAGCUGGCGUUCUUCGGCGACCUGCUGGGCUAUCUGCGCGCACGACGACACCUGGUGGAGGGCGCAGGCACGGAGGCGCCGCCGGCUCGCGGCGAGGCGGAGCACGUGUCGGCGGGCGCGCUGACGCGGCUGGCGCGCGAGGCGGCCGAGGCGCUGCGCUACCUGGGCGCACGCGGCGUGGUGCACCGCGACGUCCGCGCCGCCAACUGCCUGGUGGACGUGCGGCGCUCGCUGAAGCUGGCCGACUUCGGCAUGGCGCGCGACACGGACGGAGCGCCCGAGUACGCGUGCCGGCGCCGCGGCCUCUUCCCCGUGCUGUGGAUGGCGCCCGAGAGCCUGGCGCACGGCGUGUUCUCAGCCGCGUCCGACGUGUGGGCGUUCGGAGUGCUGCUGCUCGAGCUGGUGACGCUGGGCGCGCGGCCCUACGGCAGCAUGUCGCCGCUGUGCGUGCUGGAGUACGUGGCGGGAGGCGGGUCGCCGCCGCUGCCGCUGGACGCGUCGCCACAGAUGCGCGGGCUGGCGCGGCUGUGCUGGCAGCGCGCGGCCGAGCGCCGGCCGGCGGCGGCGGAGCUGGCGGCGUACCUGGCGGCGUGGCCACGCGCGCUGCGCCCGGCGCUGCUGAGCGAGCGCGACGAGCCGGCCGACGCUGACAGCGGCAUCGGGGACUCGCCCUCUACGGAGCUGCUGCCUCCUGACUCGCCUCUUCUCUCCCUUGAUCAGCUCGAUGUGCUAGGUGUAACACACUGACCUAAUAUGUUACUCAACGUUUUAUUAGAUAAUAUUGCAUAUCGAAGUACCUACAUAAAUAAUUUUAUCAAUAAUAUUAAGGAAUAAAUAAGCGCAACGAUCAUAAACCUAUAACUAGGUAUAUAGUAACUGGUAUACUUAAGGUGUAAUAAGUUAUAUUUUCAUUUCAUUUAAAUCAGCAACAAUGUUAAGCGUGGUGAUUAACGCUCAAUCCAUCUCCGUGCAAGAGGAGGACUGUGCCCAGCAGUGGGACGAUAAAAAGGCAAAAAAAAAACAAUUAAUAAAAGAAUAAUGUUUACAUUAUACGCAUAAAAAUAACCAUAACAAACAUUAGCCUUUCAAUCUUAAGCUGAUUAGGUAUGAAUCUUGGAUCAUUUCCUAAUUUUCAUUCCACAUAAUUUCCCAGCUAUGUAUGUUGGGGUCAGCUUCCAGUCUAACCGGAUGCGGCUGAGUAGGUUUUGCAAGGAGCGACGGCCUAUCUGACCUCCGCAACCCAGUUUUUUAAUUUAGAUAUUUUUUGCCAGAAAGGAUCGAUGGUUGGUGUCGGGUUUGUAGCAGUCGCAUUGGCAGAGCCUGCACAUUGGGAUUUGAGGAUUUUCUCAAUGUGCACGCUCAAGCCUCGCUUACCUCUGAAGAAACGAGCUUAGGGGCACAGGGGGCAUCUCUCUAGGGCAUCCAGUGAUCCAGAAGAUUGACAUGCACUAUAAUCGCAAGGCAUUCCCGCUGCGCAUCCGUGUACUGCGGCUCGUUUUAUUUACACUUAUGAGCUAAAAACACUAAAAUGACUAAUGUUACAAGAAAAAUAAAUCCAAAAACACAAAAAUAAACAAAGUUCUGCAAUCAAAUUGACGGCGUCGCUUUGCGGGGCCGCGCCGCCGCGCCGCGUACUGGCAGCGGCAUCUCGGCACAGGCCUCGCCAGCCAGUAAACAACAGCUUGGAGCUGUCCAGCUCGCCGUGGAGUUUUAUCGUCUUUCUAUAAAAGAAUCUCUUCGUCUUUAUGUAAAUGGCCACAUGCGUAUCUUCCGCAAGCAGUACACGCGCAAUUAUCAACAAUACUUAGUGAAAAUAAAAUAAUUUUAUAU